GUUCAGGAGAGGAUGGCCGUGGCCACGUCUUCCGACCAUGGACACAACCUGCAGACCGUCCAGCUGCUCAUCAAGAAGAACCAGACUCUGCAGAAGGAGAUCCAGGGUCAUCAGCCUCGCAUCGACGACAUCCUGGAUCGCAGUCAGAGCCUCCUGAAAGACGACUCCUCCAAUGCAGACGUGAUCCGUCAGCGUCUGGCCGCUCUGCAGGAGCUGUGGAGGCAGUUGAUGGAGGAGGCAGAGGGCCGCCAUGGCCGGCUGCAGGAGGCGCACAAAGCCCAGCAGUACUACUUUGACGCCGCCGAGGCUGAGGCCUGGAUGAGCGAGCAGGAGCUGUACAUGAUGUCGGAAGAGAAGGCCAAGGACGAGCUGAGCGCUGUCACCAUGCAGAAGAAGCAUCAGAUUGUGGAGCAGGCGGUGGAGGAUUACGCCGAGACCGUUCACCUGCUGUCCAAGACCAGCCGAGGCCUGGUGGCUGACGGACAUCCUGAGAGUGAGCGAAUCAGCAUGCGUCAGUCUCAGGUGGACAAACUGUACGCAGGCCUGAAGGACCUAUCAGAGGAGAGGCGGGGCAAACUGGACGAGAGGCUCCGCCUCUUCCAGCUGAACCGGGAGGUGGACGACCUGGAGCAGUGGAUCGCUGAGCGGGAGGUGGUGGCUGGGUCGCACGAGCUGGGACAGGACUACGAACAUGUUACUAUGUUGCAAGAACGUUUUCGGGAGUUCGCUCGGGACACUGGGAACAUCGGUCAGGAGCGCGUGGAUGCUGUCAACCGUCUGGCGGACGAGCUGAUCAACGCCGGUCAUGGCGAUGCAGCGACAGUGGCAGAGUGGAAGGACGGCCUGAAUGAAGCCUGGGCUGACCUGCUGGAGCUCAUUGACACCAGGACGCAGAUUCUUGCGGCUUCCUUCGAGCUCCACAAGUUUUACCACGAUGCCAAGGAGAUCCUGGGGCGCAUCGUGGAUAAACAGAAGAAGCUGCCCGAGGAGGUCGGACGUGACCAGAACACGGUGGAGAUGCUACAGAGGAUGCACACCACCUUUGAGCAUGACAUACAGGCCCUGGAAACACAGGUGAGGCAGCUGCAGGAGGACGCGGUGCGCCUUCAGUCGGCGUACGCCGGUGAUAAAGCUGACGACAUCCAGCGGAGGGAGAGCGAGGUGCUGGAGGCCUGGAGGAGUUUGCUGGAGGCUUGCGACGGACGAAGGCUCCGCCUCCUGGACACCGGCGACAAGUUCAGGUUCUUCAGCAUGGUCCGAGACCUGAUGCUAUGGAUGGAGGAUGUGAUCCGCCUCAUCGAGGCCCAGGAGAACCCCAGAGACGUGUCGUCGGUGGAGCUGCUGAUGAACAACCAUCAGGGCAUCAAGGCCGAGAUCGACGCCCGAAACGACAGCUUCACAGCCUGCAUCGAGCUGGGCAAAGCCCUGCUGGCCCGGAAACACUACGCUUCAGAGGAGGUAGAACAUCAUGUGACACACAGGUAG